GGGAGGGUGAGUGAGUUAACGUGGUGGGUGGUAUGGUAUGUUGGGUGGAAGUGAAAGCGAAAGCAAUCUUUUUAUAUCGUACGAAGGUGGUAUUUGUUUGUGUAUGUUAAGAUCGAUACCGAUGGGGUUUCCAGAUCUGGCCAGUACUUCUUGUGUUUGUUUGAUGAAGCAUAGCGUACUUGCAAGAUACUCAUCGUUGAAUCCAUUCGAAUUUAUCGAUGACGGUGAUGAUAAUAAACAAAAGAACCAGCGUCCAAUCCGCUCGUCUAGUGUGGAAUAGUAUAGCUUGACUGUUUGAUCGUUUGAGUCGUAUUUGUCAUACUGUUCUGUCUGUACCCUACUGACUUGAGAAUGGAGGGAAAAGAACCAAAAGAAGGUCUUUACUAAACGUAGAAGAAUUGAAGAAUAAAUGGAAUCUGCUGUUUCUUUGUUUUAUUUUUUUUUCAUUGUUUUAUUUGAUCCUUUGCUAGCAAAAGAAGAAAGUUUAUAAUCGGACUAAAGGGAACAAAUUUAAAGAAUGCGAAUGUGACAUUUGCAUAAAAGAUAGAGUAAAAUAUAUUUAAUUUCUAGAACUAAAGUAUUGAAAUCUUU